AUUGUGAUCGCGCGCGAAAAAAAAGGGGAAAAAAGAAACGAAAGUGCACGCAGGCGAGGGAACAUUUCGAGGCUGUUUAGUGUUCUUUAAACAAAGUACAAGUUGCAAUAUUCGUGUUCGCGCAUUCUCCAGAGAAUGACGUCGUUGUCUGUGACACCGCGUGGGUGCUGCGGCCACGGGAUCCACGUCCGCUGGCCCUAUUAUUGACUCGGGGGUUGGUCCGGCGGCCAUGACGAGGGGUUGGAUACACCGCGAGAUCGCGAGGUGGCGCGGUGUGUGCGGUCCACCCUCCCUGGAAUGCUUUCGGCGAGGAUCCUGCCGACGCUGUCGAGCCCUACGGGUCCAUCCACGACGUUGAGGGCGACCGACGGCGGCCAGGAGGUGCGCGUUUGACUCUUAGCGUCGCCGUGGAAGUGCAAACGCGCGGUCGCGCGCGAAUAAUAGCGCACAUCGAAGUGGAAUCGUGCGGGGCGGAAGCGGUGCGGAAAGUCCAUUUCGAAAGGCUUGCGUGUUGUUCGGGGCGUACCGAGUGCACCCAACGGUCUCCUCGCAGUGCGGACAAUAUUUCCGGGUGAAUUUGUGCGGGUCAACGACGUCGUCGCCGCGGUCUGGCGUUCGUCGAGUGGGAUCGUGGGAAACCGAGCCGAGAGGAGUGAAACGUGACUCGGCCCUCGAGAGUGUCGUCCACCAUUUUGGCUGCGCGGAGGUUAUUCCGUGUCUCUCGCGAAGGCGUCGGGACGCCCGUGCGACUCGUCGAGAACGACAUUCUAUUUUGGAGUGAUCUCUUCGCUCCUCUCAUUCUCCCCUCUUCCUUCUUUUUCGCCGUUUUGUUAUUGCGAGGGAGCGUUUCGGCGAACGGAGAAUACGAGCGACUUCCGGAGAAGAAUCGGUGUCGUGACGCUGCUGCACAGGGAUCAGCUGGAUCCAGCCAGCAUCCGAGCGUCUCAUCGAGAAAAAGUCCUGGGACAUCCUGGGACGUCGCGACGUUCCCGACGCCGCGGAACCGAAGCCAUUUUUACGCGCUGCAUGUUGGGAGGAGUGGCUCUCCCGUUGGAAACUGGGUUACCGCGUCGCUUCCGCUUGAAUUUCUCCUUCGCUCGUCGUCCGGAGACCCGUGAAUUCGUGUGUCGAGGUCGAAAAAAAAACAGAACACGUUCUCUACUUUGCCCGUGGCCGAAAAAUCUGCACAAAGUCGUGACUUAAUGAAAUUUGUGCAGGGAGCAGAGACUCGGAUUUUGAGUGAGAAGAAAGCUGUGUGCCAAGUGAUCAGUACUUGUCGGAGAAAAUCGCGUAAGAUGAAGAGACGUGGAUUUGUACGUUAAUGCGAAAGAGACGGUGUUUGAAUUCGUCGAGUCAUUUCGUGCGGAGAGAAAGAAGAGACGCGAAUUUAUACACUAAGGGGGAGGAGAAACGUGUACAGAGCAGAAGAACAGUGCGUGGAUUGACUUGGUGGAUCGAUAUAGUCGUUGACGAGCAUCGUGUAAAAAAAAGGAUUAGCGUAGAUUGAUCGAUUGAUUAAUCGUGUCCUCGGAAUGUCAUGCGAGCAGAGGAGAUGCGUGGAUCUGUGUGUCAAGUAAAGAAAUUGGAAAAAUGUUGUUUUGUCAUUUAAGAUUAGAUGACGAUGAGAUAGUAAUCGAUCUGGGCUGAUUUAAUAAAUCAGUGGAGUUAUUGAAAAAUAUUAUUCAAGGAAAGCAGAGAUAAAUCUAUAAAAUGGAAACUUGAUUCGAUAAACUUGGAAAAAUCAUGAAAGGUGAAUUGAAUUGGUUUGCUUAAAAAGGAUAAACGUAACAUUCAAGAGCGAGAAAAUAGUAUGCAAGUAGAUUUAGAAAAUUGAUAAAUUUGUGACGGAAUUUCGGGCGAUCGGAGAGGAAUGGCUGGAUUUAUACGCCGAGAGAAAGAAAAUGCUAGAAGGUAAAAGUUGUAUAUGCGGAGCAUUUAAUGAAUACACAGAGGAAUGUCGUGCAGCAUAGGAAGACAUGGAUUUCUACGUUGAGGGAAGCGCAGCGCGGAAAUGUGUGGUACGUGCGUUCGACGAAGAAAUAUUUUGUGCAACGUGAUUGGUUCUCAUUAAAGAGAACUCCCGCAGAAAGAAGUAACAUGGCUCUAUGUUUAAUGUCGAAUGAUUAAUCGCUGAAAAAAAAUAAAGUGUGAAUUUGUGCAUUAAAAAAAAGCCGAAUCUGUAUCGAUGCAGUAUUAGUGAAAGUAUUCUGUAAAAAAGCAAGAUGUAAAUUUGUUGUGUUCUCCGCUUGUCAAAGAAUUUGAUAAGUUAAAUUUCUCAUUAAAAAAUAAUAAAUAUUAUUUUACUGGAAAAAAAAAUCGCAGAUCCUUAUCAAUGAAAGAUUCUUCUUUGGGUUAUGGAAUAAUAGUCAUUUGUGGAAAAUUUCACUUGUAUGCUUCAGAAAACUGAGGAUUACAAGAAAUCAUUAUUUGAAAAAUACUCUUUACGCCUAAGAGAAUCCUAUUGAUACCGAAAGCAGUUGUCAAUUCCGAUCGCUUGAGUAAAAUUCUUUUCCUCUCCAGAAAAAGUGAAAGAAUUGCACUGAAAAAAAAUCACAAAUUUUUUGUGUUAAAAAAUUUUAAAUUCUGUUUGCUCGAAGAAUGUCCUCCGUAUGUCGAAGAAAACAGAUGCUUGUUCUUCACGGAAAUGUGCUUUGUCGAAGAUUUAUUUGCUGGUCGAAGAAAAUUACAGAUCGCCCUUAUUUAAGAGAUAUCGUCGAGAGGAAUUGUAAUGUGUAAAUUGAGGGUGACAAAAAUUAUCAAUUUUUUUUUACGAUUUUAAAAAAAAGAUCCUUUUACCAACGAGGACUUUCCAUCUUCAGGAAAGGAAAUCUUCCACGAGAGGAUGCUGCGAAGAUUGAAGGAUUCGUGGGAACGGGAUGAUCGCUAAAAGAUUUAUGGGAUUCACGGGAUGGAAAUUGAUGGAUCUUCAUGGAAGGAGGAUAAAUCUAACGAAUUUUGUUCGAAAAGCUCGCCAAAUGUAGCAUUUUUCUGAGAACAUGAUCAGAAAUUAAACCGACAGGCGUCGGAAACGCGAAAGACGAUGAAGAUCGAAUGACUGCGGCAAAGGACCGACAAAAGUAGUUUUAGGUGUUUCGUACGAGUGAAAUCGAUUAGUGCGUCGAUUAUUAGUGCUCUUUUGAAAGUGUCUCUCCGAUUUUUCUCGUCGAAGGAUUACGCGUGGCGGCCUACGAGUGACAAGUACGAGUCCUUCGGUUCCGCAAGACAAUCCUUGGCAUGCGUAAUACGGUCGAAUCGGGCAUAGAGCUCGUUCCGGGAUUAGCGAAGGGCUCAAAGGAGGGUCGCCUGGCCGCUCUCGAGCGGUACGAGGGCCGGUGAGCACGACAGGGCGAGCAAGUCUCUUGCCGACGACCAACAACCCUCUCGUCCGUCACUGUCGACGAACAACAGAACAGAUGUCCUGACAGUGGGCCCCGGGCCAUCAGGAUGCCGACAGACGACGACUAUGGCCGAAGAGAUCGUCUCCUGUUGCACCAGCACCCGAUUGCUCAGUACGGGUCUUCGUCAUCCCCGCUUCCCGGAUCGAGCGCACCGAGUUCCGCCGGCGUGGGGACACAGAUUAGCCUCAGCAAUCCCAGUGACUGCUUUAAACAGCAGCAAUCGUCCGAUUUGCGUCCGGUCACGAGUACCGCGAGCCAGUCGGAUCAACAGACCCAAAGUAACGAGCAUGUCGGGUCCCGAAUGGUCGAUUGGCACGAGAAAACCGCAGAAAAGUCAACGAUCGACUUCUCCAAGUGCGGAGAGGGUCGUCCGUCGAGUUGCGAGCGCUUCGGGCAUUAUCAGACCCAGAGCGGCGAAUAUGUGGGGGUCCGAAUGGGAGGUGAGCGGCACGACAAGACCGCGGACAAGUCUUGCAUUGAUUACACGAAGUGCGGAGAGGGUCGUCAGACAAGUUGCGAGCGUUUCGGACACUAUCAGACCCAAAGUGGCGAUCAGACUCAUGUCGGUGUGCGGAUGGCCGAUCGACACGAGAAGUCGUCCGACAAACCGUCGGUCGAUUUCACCAAGUGCACCGCUGACGGCCGACAGUCGAGUUGCGAGCGUUUCGGGCAUUAUCAGACUUCGACAUUCAGUCAGUCCUCGUUGCAGGGACACUACGGCGGCGCGCAUACCGGCGCCGAUCGUUUCGCGCGAUUCAACGAUCUCAGCGCGCUGCACGGCGAGCAGCGGCCCGCGAACGAUCGUUACUCAGUCUGCAAUCCGGAGUUGCGUUUCGACACGGCGAGUUCGAGCGGUUCCAAUGAGUACGCGAACGCGAACGCGCUCGCGGGUCCCUUCGCCUCGGAGACGUUCCCGUCACCGCCGUCGCCGGCGCCGGCGAACGACCGCUUCGUCCCGCCACCGCCAUUGUCGCCCAGUCCGAGCGAGAAGUAUGCCUCGAGCCAGAGUCUGGCUGAUUACACUGCUGCUGAUCGCGUUCUGCCCCCCAAUUCUCCGGGGUCCAAGUAUAGCGCCGACGGCGCCGCUUCAGCAUCGCCGAUGUCCGCCAAGGAGCGCUUCGCCUCCGCCGAACGGCUGCUGGUUAAUCAGCAGUCAGUCACGAGCGACGCUAAGGAUCAACAACGUUACGCUGGACCACCGGACCGCCUGCUAUCAGGGUCCUCCCCGGUCCUGGGAGGACUUCAGGCUGGAUUACAAACGGGACUCCAGAAUAGUGGAGUAUACGCCAAAGAUACUCGCUACGCCGCCAUUUCCGCGGACAAGAUACUAUCCUCCUCGCCGAUACACGCUCCGGUACCGGAGAGAUUCGUCGGCAAAUCGGAAAGGUACUUGGGCGAAUCGCCCAUUCACGAUAGAUAUCCUCGACAGGACGCAUCAACGGCAGCACAUCAUGAGCGAUAUUCGACGAUGGCGACGGCCGAGAGGUUCCUCUCGAAUUCGCCUAAUCCUGAGAGCGCGCAUCAGCGCUAUUCAUCUGCAGAUCGCACAUCUCUUCAAACUUCUUCCAAUAAUUCCGAACAGAACCGGCGUCUCUACACUGAUAGAGGCGUCGAGACGGUUUGUCAGAAGUACACCGAUCGGUCAAUUGGUUCUCCGGCAUCCGCCGACUUUGGCCGAUAUUCCGGCUUUCCGGAAGUCAGCAAUCAGACGCGAUACGUGUCUAGCAACGACCGCUUCAACGACCUCGCACUACAGCGUUGCGGCCAGUCACGGUCGACCGACAGAUUUUCGACCGAUCGAUACCUGGCUGGAUCGUCACCCGCACACGACGGCAGACUGUCCAGUGCCGAGACGCCGCGUUAUAUCGUCUCCUCUACCGAACGUCUGCUGGCGCCGACGUCCUCCUCGUCGUCCUCCUCUUCAGAAACUGGCACCAGAUAUCAUUCGCCCUACACGGCGACCACCGGUACUCAGUCGGGAUCGGGAACCAACGAGCGCUUCACGCCUACAUCCGAAACUUCGUCUAACAUCCACCGCAGCGGCUAUCAGACCGCGAAGAGCACCGUCGACAAAUAUCUGGUUUCGAAGUCGGUUCAAAGCAGCUACGAUCGCUACACAGUCGGCAAUCAGAACGAUCACCAGUUCAGCCAGGAUCGUUACUUCGCUUCCGGGGGCAGUGGCGAUCGAUUUCAGAAUUCUUCCGGAACUGACCGCUUUCAUACUUCUGCUGAACGCUAUUCGCCGGCGCGCAGCGUCGCUGACAAAUACCUGUCCUUGCCGAAGCCCAAGGAUAGGUUCACCAGUCGUAUAACGCCCAUCUCCUGCGCUACUGCAGUUGCGACGUCUUCCACCGAUCGCACAUACUGCUCGUCCAGCGUGAGCUAUGUACCCCCAACUGCGCAUACUCCCGUUGAACGAUAUGUACCCCAACCACCCCCCGAAGUGCUCUAUCCAGAAAGGUACGUGGACAGAUAUGUGCCCCCCGCAGCGCAUACGCCGACUGAUCGAUACGUACCCGCGAGCGAUUCUGGUGAUCCAUACAUGCGUCGCGACCUUGGCUUCCAUCACCAUUAUCGGCUACCGCCGCCCGCCGGCUAUCCGUACCAGACACACUUUCGGUUCCGCGGAUUUGCGUACGCGACGUCCGGCCGGCUAGGCGGAAGCCCCGGUUCCAGCAGCUCCAGCAGUACGACGUCUAAUCAGCGCGAAACAUUCGCCACGUCGCCAUUGUUGAGGCCCAAAGUGCGUACGUCCGCGGUCGAGUUUGGCGCCGCCGCCGGCACCGUCGGCGCCGCGACGACCACAUCAACGACCGGCGUUGGUGUUAGCCGUCAUGUGUGCACAAAUCCAGCCGCCUGUUGCGGAGACGCGUCCAAUGGCAGAGCCUGUUGCCAGAUGAGGAGGUCUCUGCCACCUGGAACACUUCCGACGAUACCUACACAGUCUUCUUCAUGGCAACCAUCACCAAGUUCGGGUACAACGGCCACCUCGACGGUAUCGCCAACGACCGACGAGGGCGACGCGACGCAGAGCAUCGGGAUGUAUUCGGUAGGAGUUCCAACCACGUCGAUCACAACGACGACGCCGGUGACGACAACAUCGACGACGGUACCUCUGACUACUUCCGGCGUAACCGUCGGUACCGGAAAUAUCGGCAUCGCCAGAAGCAUUUCCGCGCCGAGCGCGCCUCGACCAGUCGUUCAAGUUAGCAGCUCGUCAGCAAGUACUUCGGCAUCACAACGGCCGAGACUAAGGAGGAAUCAAAGCCGCACCGAAGCCAUCCGGAAUUAUAUUAAACGUGAAACAGCACAAUUCUUUGGAGUCGACGAAGAAUCGGAGGCAUUGGAGAAGCAGAGAUGGCUCGAUCGACGGCGACGCAUGGCAUCGAGAAAGUACGGCGCGUUGGUACCGGAACACAGACCGCCAGACCCGGACAUUACCAAAGAUGUACCAGACACGACCGAAACACCAGAAGAUGUUACCCUCAGACGAUGGCAGCAAUCAGUACGGAGAAAAGAUUCUGUGGCGAGGAUGACGUUAUCGGGUCUUCAUUACAUCGUCGAGUCAUUGACAAGGCAGCGUCUUCGCGAUCGCUCGCAAUCGCGUCCGGAAUCACGCAGCUUCCCGCCGAGUACGAUUGCGUAUCUGUCGAGAACGGAAGGAAUAUCAUAUCCUGACAGCGGCCAGGAAGAGGAGGAAUCUUUCUUCGAAAGGCCCCCGCCACCUCCGCCGCCUCUUCCACCUUCCUCAUCUCAGCAAUCGCAGACGCAAAUCGAUCAGGCCUCCAGCGGAUUGGUCAAGGACGAAGAGGUUGAUGCCAAGAUUGCGGACAUCCUCGACACUACGCAGGAUCGUGAGGGAAUUAGUUCCGAGGAAUUGAUCGGGAUUGCACAACAAAAGAACGAUAGAACGACGAUCGACGGACAAGUCAGACGACCCCGUCAGACGAGGGACCACUAUAUUUCCAGAAAAACAAGUUGGAGCAGGUCGAAGUACGACACGCCUUCGACGGAGGGUACGAGAGUGCCACAAGAGGAGGGUGUAACUCUCCGAAGAGAGAUAGCCGGAGCCACGAGGAUUUCCCACAGCACGAUCGAUCGUGUCUUUGACAACAGCAAUCGGCGGCGAUACGGGAUGGGUAUCGUCGGUCGCUUUUUCGGACGAUCUUUUCGGAAAAGCAUCGCGCACAAACCGGACAUAAAAAAGCAAUUGGAUGACUUCGAAGAUCACCGACCGUAUUUCACGUACUGGAUCACCACUGUGCAAGUGCUGAUCUUGAUAAUAUCGCUGGCGUGUUAUGGAUUUGGUCCUGUUGGCAUGGAUAUCAAUCAUCGAUCGGGUCUGGUUCUCGUGACGAGUCUGUCGUUGCAACAAGUCGACUAUCAGGAACCCGCAAACUUCUGGCUAGGCCCUAGGGCCGCGGAUUUGAUUCAUCUUGGUGCCAAGUUUGCACCGUGUAUGCGUCGGGACAUUAAGAUCCUGAAGGAGAUUGAUGUCUGGCGGGAAAGAGAACGAGACACCGCCUGCUGUAUCAGGAAUGACGAUUCCGGAUGCGUUCAGUCUAGCAAAGCAGAUUGCUCUGUCCGAGGAUUAAGACCUACUGUUACGGUAAAUUACAAUACAAUAUCGACCUGGAAGAAGUGGGGACCCGGAGAUAGUGGACCUGGCGGUCGUAUCAGUGGUUCAGUUUGUGGACUGGACCCGAAGUUCUGCGACGCUCCAGCGAGUGUUGCACCUUACGAAUGGCCAGAUGACAUCACCAAGUGGCCAAUCUGCCGAAAAACCAAUGCCUUUAGCCAACGCUUCAGUAAAAACGGGAAUCAGCGGAGCAACAGCAACUCUCCUGUCAGCCGGUACAAAGAUAAGAUGGCAGAGCAUAUGGUGUGCGAAGUGAUCGGCCAUCCGUGUUGUAUCGGGAUUCACGGGAUGUGUCGUAUCACUACAAAGGAGUAUUGCGAUUUCGUCCAUGGUUACUUUCACGAAGAAGCGUCGCUGUGCUCGCAAGUGGAAUGUUUGCACGACGUUUGCGGAAUGAUACCGUUUUUACAUCCGGAGUGGCCGGACCAGUUCUAUAGACUCUUCACCACUAUCUUUCUUCACGCUGGUAUCGUCCAUCUGGUGAUUACGUUGCUGAUCCAGUAUUUUCUAAUGAGGGACUUGGAAAAGCUGACAGGAUCUCUGCGCAUUGCUUUGAUCUACUUUACCGGUGCUCUUGCUGGAAAUUUAGCUAGCGCAAUCUUUGUUCCUUAUAGGGCAGAGGUUGGUCCAGCCGGCGCGCAUUUCGCGUUGCUGGCCACGCUGAUGGUCGAAGUGCUGCAUUGCUGGCCGAUGCUUAAGCACCCACGUCGCACAUUGUCCAAGCUGAUCCUGAUUCUGCUGGGGCUGCUGACGCUGGGUAUUUUGCCGUGGGUGGACAACUACGCGCAUCUAUUCGGCUUCAUAUUCGGCUUCUUAGCGGCCUACGCGCUGAUGCCAUUUAUUUCGUUCGGCCAUUACGAUCGCAGACGAAAAAUACUGCUAAUCUGGAUCUGCCUGGUCCUGAUUGUGGGUCUGUUCGCCCUGCUGCUUGCUCUCUUUUACAACGUGCCAGUAUACGAGUGUGAGGUGUGCAAACUGUUCAAUUGCGUGCCGUUCACCCGCGACUUUUGCGCCUCCCAGAACAUCAAUUUCAAGCGGGAGGAGCCAGUAUGACAUACGGGUCCGCGAUUCACGGUCGAGCACAAAAUUGUUUCGUUCCCCCGAUCUCACGCUCCUUAUCAUCGCACGCACUGCCACAAUUUGCCAUUAUCGUUCACCGCGCUCGUUCCGGCGACACUCCUCGUCGACUCCCGAAGCCGCGUCCGAAAUCGCAAAAUUGGCUGAAUCAGCUGAUUGAUGAUGAACUUUUUCGUUUCAAGGAUAAUCAAGCUCAAAAUCAUUGAAAAUCAGCGGAAUCCCUCAUUAUACGU